UUUGCACGACAAACGCCACACCAAAAUGCACGAGUACGACAUGUCUUCGUUGUCCACACCACACCAUCAUACCCCUGCCCACUCAUUCAUCUCAAUCGUCUCUACGAGUGUUCGAACCAACGAUAUCAAGCCGACGAUGACGUCGACAACAACGUUGCCAGAAGAUAGGCGAUGCCGGUACAAGACAGGCAAGUGCCACUACCCCCGAGCGCUGAAAACCAACAAGAAGGAUGGCACGGACGCGAUGUUGCUGCUUUGCGAGCGUCACCGGCGAUUGCAAAACAAGACAAAGAAACGAAGCGACACCAAGUACAAAGCCGACCGGGCCAUGCUACGCGUAGUCAAGCGACUCCACCCAGACUUGUACACAUCCAGAGACAGCAGAAGCAGCUGCUACUUGGUUCCCCAGUCACCGGCGUCAUCGUCGUCGACUUCCACCACCACCGAGUCGUCGUCAUGCGCGUCCAACGCAGCCAAAAGAUUCCAGUCGACAUCCGAGCAGUUUUCCCCGUCAGAGCUAGAUAUGCUUGCCUUCUACUUGUUAUGAUGUGCAAGUGCUGCAACAACGUCUCCGAUAGAAUCCAUCCCCCCCACACACCCAAACACCAGCUAGGAUUGUCCUACUAGCAAUGUGCUAACUUACAAUACACAGACGACAUACUACCAGUAGAAUCG